AGUUUUCAGAAUCUGACCCUAGAUCUGUAGGGGGCGUGUCUCCUCUCGCCUGUCUGACACACUUUUGCUACCUUCAUGACUCAUUGCGGUGUCCAUGUCUGCAGUACCAGAGAGGACUGGAAAAAUGGCGGCGGGUUCUGGAGCUGUUAGCGGCCAUGGUGGCCGCGGCGCUUUGGAGGCCACCCUGGACCGCAGAUUCCAAGGAGUAUCCAACACUAUGGAGUCUAUACAGGGACUGUCGACCUGGUGCAUUGAAAAUAAAAAGUAUCACAGCCUUAUCGUUCGGUACUGGAUGAAGUGGCUCAAGAAAUCGGACACCAACCACCGUCUGAAUCUGUUCUAUCUAGCCAAUGAUGUAAUACAGAACUGCAAGAGAAAGAACGCCAUCGUCUACCGCUCAGCCUUCGCUGAGGUGCUCCCCAACGCUGCACUAAUGGUCAAAGACCCGAAGGUGCGUAAGUCAGUGGAGCGGAUCUUCACUAUCUGGGAGGAGAGAAACGUCUAUCCUGAGGAACUCAUCACUCAGCUCAAAGCCAACCUGGCCAAGAAGGAGAGAGAGAGGGAGAAAGAGAAGGCUAAAGAGAUGCCUCCUCCGCCAGCCCCAGUCAACCCCAAAGCUGCCCUGAAGUCCAAGAUUGUGGCUGAUUUCAUACCCCAGUCGUUCAUCGAGCAGCUGGCAGGCUUCAAACGGGUGGUGGAGGAGGAGGAGCUGAGGGAGACCCAGCUGACAGCUCUCAGAGUGGACGUCUGCAGCACGGAGGCCCUCAAGAGACUCAAAGACAAGGCCGGAGGGAACAAGUUUGCCAAGGACUUUGAAGAGGGCAGUCAGAAGCUGCAGGAGUUUGUCAGUUUCCUGGAGAACCAGAUGCCUGUAGGGCCCCCUCUGCUGGAGGCUCUAGGAAACGCAGACGUCUUCUAUGAGAUGCAAUACAAGGAAGUUAAGAUCGUGGCCAGCGCCUACAAAACCUUUGCCAACCGCGUUGUCAACCUCAAACGUAAACUGGAUGCCCUCAAGUCCUCCCUUCCCGGUCCCGAGGACUCUCCCACCCCCUCCCCCUCUGAGGACGCUCCCUCACCCACCGGCUCUGACUCCCCCUUCCUGGGGCUGGGAGGAGACCAAGGGGGUAGGCUGGGCUUUGACCCGGACCUGGAUGGGAGUGCCAUGGACGAGAGGGACAUGGGGGUUGUGAGAGAGGGGGACAACAGAGAUGUGGAGGACAUGGAUCUGUCUGAGGAGGACAUGGAGACAGCCAACACAGCAGAGAAGCAGUCGUCAUCAGCCACCAUUUCCAAGGUGACCAGCUCCAAGAUCGCAGCGAAACCCGCCCCUGUCACACUCAUUCGAACCUCCACCGAAUCCCCUCUCAAAAAGGCAGCCUCGUCUACCCCCACGCCAGUGACCCCCAGCACCCCUACAAGCGCGGGUGUGAGUGGUCCUAGUGGUCCGACCGCUCCGCUGGGAAUGAACCUGGCCAAUGUGGACCUGGGCAAGAUCAGCUCCAUACUGAGCAGUAUCACAUCAGCCAUGAAGAACACAGCAGCCAGCCCUGUGUCUCGCCCCUCCCCUGGAACCCCCACCACCCCCUCUGGCCAAUCAUCUUCCUCCAAAACCCCAGUUGGCCCCACCCCUCCUAGCCCAGCCCUGGCCAGCAUCCUGUCCAGAGUGAACGUCACCCCUGAAGGCAUCCUCAACGCCCUGGCAAAGACCCAAACACAGAGUCUGUCCUCUCUGCUGAGGUCUGGUAGCUCCUCCUCCUCUGCCCCCUCCUCCCAUGCCUCCCCAGACUCCUCAGCAGCCAAGGGCCCCCCCACACCCACCACUCCUAGCAACACCAAACCCCCCCUGACCAACAGUCUCAAACGAGACACACCUGAGAGGAGCAGAGGAGCCAGGGAUUGGGAGAAAAACCGAGAGGCCUCCCCUCAUCCUCCUCCUCCCUCUCUCCCUAGCCGCUCUGUCUCUCCUCCCAGCCUAGAGUCUAAGAUCAACCGUUUCCUCCAGGGGAACCCAGGGUUCAGUCUGGGCCUGGGGGAUGGGAGCCCUCUGCUGGGGGGAGACGGGGUAGACGGGACCCCUGUCAGGGAUGAGAGCGGGGGCACCCCCACCCAGGACGAAAUCAUGGACACACCAGGGGGUGUCUCCUCCGACCCCCUUGGCAUCAACAGUGACCCCAAGAGCUUAGGCUCAUCCAUAGGACAUGAUCUUUCACCCACGGCCUACCGCAGUGACCCUUGGGACGCCGUCAUCACCCCAACAGGAAGCAGCAGCGACGUGGACUUCCUCUCUUCCUCUUCUCGUUUCCAAGGCUACGGAGCGGGGAAGAAGGCCGCCAAGCUGAAGGAGGAAGAUUCGAAGAGGAAGAUUAGCUCUUCAUCACUGGGAAGCAGCAAGGUGAAGAAGGAUGGACAAAACAGUCACGGGAACAACAGAUCAGCUGAAGGAGAGAGGAGAGCGUCCAUAGGUUCUCGCAAGACCAGCAGCGGGUCAGAGGAUGGAGGAAUGAGUGGAACGAGGGAUGGAAAGAGGGGAGGAGAGGAUGGUGGGGGCUCAUCUGACGGGGAGGGGGGGCAGUACCACCGUAUCGAGACGCUGGUGUCGCCUUGCACAGAGGGAGCACCUUUCCAAUCACUGGGGGGCUUCUCAAACCGCCAGCCAACCGGAGAGCGCAUCCAGACGGUGGAAAGUAUCCGCGUGAUUGGACAAGGGCUGCGUCGCGGGGGUGGAGAAGGGGGGAGGCCAGGCGGAGGGAUGUGGUACGAUGAGGAAGGGUACCUGGAUACCCAGCCCCCCUCACCUUCCCCUCAGGGCGGCUCUGACGACAUGACUUCACCCCCAUGCCUCCCCCGACCUCACACCACCACCUUCCUCCUCAUCCUCAUUCUAAUCACCCUCCCCACCCUCAUCCGCAUGGCCCCCCACCCCAGUUUCAGAUGCCCCCUACCAUGGGGAGAACCCCCAGGGUCCCCUCCCCUCACACCUCCACCAUCAUCACCCCCUCCUCCCUUCUUCAACUCCCUCCUCCACCCAUCCCACGCCCUCCACCCCCUCCCAUGCCCCAGCUCCCUCCACCCCCGUGCAACUUCCUCCCCCCCUCAGCAGUCAUGGUAGGCGGGGUUCUAGUCCCCAUUGACCGCCAACUGCCCCUCCCUCCCCAGGUCCGCCCAGAUGGAGGAGACCGAGGGGGGAUGGGAGGGGGACCCAGGGGGGGUAAAGGUGGUCCCACUCCCCUCAUGUCCUCUCUGUUAGGGGAGCCCCCUAAGAUGCCUCGUCCCGGCACAGUCAAAGAGCAUUUCACUCCCCGCCACGCACCCCCUCUCCACCGCCCCGGCACCCCCGGUGCCCCGCCUCCCUUAUUGGGCCGUGUCAAGGAUGGCAUCAACCUCCCUCCUCCACCCCCUCCUCCUCCACCCCUCCCUCUCCCUCAGGCGACCCCCUGCUUCCUCGCCCCCAAGCUCCUCCACUCCAGCACCCUCCAGCUAGCCCGCCUGCCCAGCCCCGACACCCCAACCCCAACCAUCCACACCGUCCCUCGCCAUCCCUCCUGCGCCUAUCCUCCCCCAACCCCCGCCCCCAUCAACUCCACCCCCAGAGACCUCUACUCCACCCUCGCGGCCCCCCUGUCCAUCCGCACCUAAACCGCGAGCCACCCAUGUUCCGCGGGGGCAAGCGUCCUGGCCCUCCAUUCGGCGGGGGCCGAGGAGGUCCCUUCUACCCCCCCAAGAGACCUUUCUUACCCCCACGCUAUUGAAAUGUUAACCAUGACAAGCUGAAUGAAAAGCGACCCACACACCUAGCUACCCAACACGGGGAGAAGAUGUGUAGAACCCUUAUGGUAUGAGCCCAGUCUGUCCUCACUAUGUUAAUCCUAGUGGAGUCAUUUGUUUUACUACAUUUAGCUGAUCGCACCUUGACACAAACUAGCACGUCACCUCACCACAAUACAGUACCAGCUUAGCAAUUAUGCACAGUGUUAUGGAUGAAAUGGGUAACCAAACCAAAUCUGCCUCCCCCUCCCCUCCUCCGAUCCCCAGGAGCAACAAUGUUCUCUGCUUCCCCUCACUAAAGCAGAGGGAGUAAUGGAGGUGUGAACUAGAAGGAAGACGACAAGCACAGAUCAAAUAGAAACAGAAACAGGUGGUUAUUCUAUUUCACUAAAAUUCUACUUACCUCCGGUAUUGUGUGAAUAAGCUGAUAUAAACACUUUCAGAGAGAGAGAGAGAGGGAUAGAUGGGAUUGGCUGGAAGGAUGGGAUGGGCUGGAGGGAGGGAGGGAUAGAUGGGAGGGGCUGGAGGGAUGGGAUGGAUAGAUGGGAGGGGGUUUGAUUGAGGAGCAAAGUUGCUCCCUGAGAGUGUGUCCUAAAUACAACCAUUUUUCUCAAUAGGAUUUGGUUAUCCAAAUGAGUGCUGACUUUAUGAUCAGUGCUGUUGUGGAGUUUCUCCACCAUAACCCCAACGUGCUCCCAGUGCAUCGUAUUGCAAAUAAUAACCUUGUUUCUCUCCUAGAGGUUUUCAUGCUUAAGUCUCUCUUCCCUCUGUAUAUUUCUCAGCUUUUAAAUGUAUAGACUGAAUGAGUUGGCUGUGUUGCGACUAUUAAACCUCGGUUGUUUGUGUAAAGAGCAGAGUCAUCGCUAUUUGCUAACUUGUGAUUGACGCCAUUGUGAAGAAGCCUUAGCUUUAGUUACACACCGAGGCAGCGAUGUUUGUGCUUCUCAUUGCUCUAACAAAACACCACUCUGUCCAGCUCCAUUUCUCCAAUCUGAGGGGGGGUGAAGAAUCGUCCAGUGUAAAGACGCAUUUAACAGAUAAUGAUGAGUUGCGGAGACUCUCAGUAGUUGAGGCGGGUGCUUUAGAAGUUUGAACUAUGAACCCGACUCUCUACUAGGCCUUCGCUACCUGUAUUGUCUUUAAUAAAAUCCAGUUUCAACCCAA